CUCUCUCUUUUCUGCGUUUCUUCUUCUCUCUGUGGCGUAGAUUUCUAGAGAGGAAUUUAGGUCUUCUUCUUUGGUUUUUCCUUAGCUCUUCGUUCUCGUACUCUCUCGACAGUGAAAUAAGGAAUUUGGUAUGGCUGCUACAGCUACUGCUUCUGCAAUUCGUUACGCUCCUGAGGAUCCGAAUCUUCCUAAGCCAUGGAAAGGUCUUGUGGAUAGUAGAACUGGCUAUCUCUACUUUUGGAACCCAGAGACCAAUGUUACUCAAUACGAGAGACCAGCUUCUUCCGCUCCUCCUAAGCUUGCUUCUAUUCCCAUAAGCUCUUCGGUUCAGACUACUCAGCAAUCUUCUUCUGGAUUUAACUCUGGCAAGGAAGAGGAUAAGUAUAGUAGGGGCAGUGAUGGGCCUAAGUCUGACUCUGGAUCAAGGUUUAAUGAGGCUGGAAGAACUGGACCAAUAUCUUCUAAUGAUGCUGCUAGUGGACUAGGGAAUGCUGCAUCUGGUGGAUCAUCUGCCAGAGGGCCUCCUUCUUCAGCCGCAGGAAAUGAAUUGUCCCCAGAGGCCUAUUGCCGCAAACAUGAAAUUACUGUCAGUGGAGGCCAAGUACCACCACCUCUAAUGUCUUUUGAAGCCACUGGUCUUCCCCCAGAGCUUCUGCGGGAGGUAUACAGUGCAGGAUUCUCAGCUCCAUCUCCAAUUCAAGCUCAGUCGUGGCCAAUUGCGAUGCAAAACAGAGACAUAGUAGCCAUUGCUAAAACAGGCUCUGGAAAAACUCUGGGUUACUUGAUUCCUGGUUUCAUGCAUCUCCAACGGAUCCACAAUGAUUCACGAAUGGGCCCAACGAUCUUGGUAUUGUCACCUACUAGGGAGUUGGCCACACAAAUCCAAGUUGAAGCUCUGAAAUUUGGCAAGUCAUCUAAAAUUUCGUGUGCGUGCUUGUAUGGUGGAGCACCCAAGGGUCCUCAGCUGAAGGAAAUAGAAAGAGGUGUAGAUAUUGUUGUUGCAACUCCCGGGCGACUAAAUGAUAUCCUUGAAAUGAGGAGAAUCAGUCUGCAUCAAGUAUCUUAUCUUGUGCUGGACGAGGCUGAUAGAAUGCUGGACAUGGGGUUUGAACCUCAGAUCAGAAAAAUUGUGAACGAGGUUCCCACUAAGCGCCAAACCCUCAUGUACACAGCAACAUGGCCAAAGGAGGUCAGGAAAAUCGCAGCUGAUCUACUUGUUAACCCUGCCCAGGUCAACAUUGGUAAUGUUGAUGAGCUUGUGGCGAACAAGUCCAUUACUCAGACUAUUGAAGUCUUAGCACCGAUGGAGAAACAUAGCAGGUUAGAGCAGAUAUUGCGGUCUCAGGAACCGGGUUCCAAGAUCAUAAUUUUCUGUUCAACCAAAAGGAUGUGUGAUCAACUGGCAAGGAACCUGACCCGUACGUUUGGAGCCGCUGCUAUACAUGGAGACAAAUCUCAGGCUGAGAGAGACGAUGUACUGAACCAAUUUAGAAGUGGUAGGACUCCUGUUCUCGUUGCAACCGAUGUAGCUGCUCGUGGACUUGACGUUAAGGACAUAAGGGUGGUGGUCAACUAUGAUUUUCCAAAUGGAGUAGAGGAUUAUGUCCAUAGAAUCGGAAGAACUGGAAGAGCUGGAGCUACCGGUCUAGCUUACACCUUUUUUGGAGACCAAGAUGCAAAACAUGCUUCAGAUCUGAUCAAGAUCUUGGAAGGAGCAAACCAGAAAGUUCCUCCACAGGUCCGCGAAAUGGCUACACGUGGUGGAGGUGGAAUGAACAAAUUUCGCCGCUGGGGUACACCUUCCAGUGGUGGUGGUGGUGGAGGCCGUGGUGGCUAUGGUGAUUCUGGUUACAGUGGUCGUGGUGUGUCUGGCUAUGGUGGUCGUGGUGAUUCUGGUUAUGGUGGUCGUGGUGAUUCUGGCGGUAGAGGAAGCUGGGCUCCUUCACGUGACAGUAGCAGCUCGGGAUGGGGAAGAGAGAGAAGCCGUAGUCCUGAGAGAUUCAAAGGAGGUCCACCAUCCACUUCUUCUCCACCUCGCAGCUUUCAUGAGGCGAUGAUGAUGAGAAAUAGGUAACUCAUCAGAAUUUUAACCAGAUUGGGGCAAUAUAUAUAGAAGAGCCUCUUUCUGCUCGGGUAAAUUAUUCAUUUUGUGGGGUGUGUGUCUGUGUUUGAGCGAAGCCGCUAGUACUUUUGAACAUCACACACAUCUGAAGGAUAUUUCUAAUGUUUUGGUCUACGAGAUACCCUUUUCUGUUUAUAUUAUGUAAACAAAGACUCGUUUAUGGGUUCUUUCUUUGUUGGUGUUUAGUAGAGGAUGUUUUCAGCUAAUAUAUGUUUCAGACCUCU